UGUUUAUUAUACACGUAGUGGUUUAAUAUUCAUUUUGUGUUUGAAAUAUGAUAUUCUAAAGUAAUUGGUGGAGGCAAGUAAUAAAAAUGUCACACUUACAGUGGAUAGAAUCAAUGAUAGAUGAAACCGUUAAGAAUAAUGGAUUUUAUGAAGAUUAUUGUGUUAAAGUUCACGCGGAGAAUGCUAAAGGUGAUAAUUACGGUAGUGAUAUAGCAUUUGUGGAAGUUUUCUCGAAAAAUAACGAGGAAAAGCCUGUAUUUAAUUUAUUUAUGAAAUACUUGCCUUUAAAUGUGGAAUUUAUGGAAAAGUUUAAGCAGAUGCCGGGACUUUUUAAAACAGAAAUUAAUAUUUACACUAAGAUAAUUCCCAGAUACCAGGAGCUCCAAAAACAACAAAACCAACCCUUAAUGGACUUCACACCCAAAUGUUUAUACACCAAAGAAACAGGAAACAACGCAGUAAUAGUAUUAGAAAAUAUAAAACCUCAUGGCUUUACGUUACAUCCCAAAGAAAAAUCAAUGGAUUCAGCACAUAUCCGGUUGUUGCUUAAAAGUCUUGCCCAGUGGCAUGCCCUUUCUUUCGUCCUUAAGGAUCAGUACUUUGAAGAAUUUAAGAAAUUAAAUGAAACGCAUAAAGUAAGCCCUUGGGGAAUGAUUUUUGAAACUCACUUAUCAAAAGUUUAUGACUACAGCCAUAAAGCUCUUCACCAAAUUCUGGAAGAAACUGGGGAAUAUGACGUAUUAAGUAAAUUUAAAGCAAAAUUUAAAAACCUAAGCGCCAAAGAGAUGAUGCACUCCUUACUGAAUAAUGAUAAGAGUGAAAAACAUGCCAUUUUAAUCCACGGUGAUUGCUGGAACGGCAAUUUCAUGUUCCAAUAUAUUGAUCAAGAUCAUACUGAACCUACCAAAGUACAAAUCUUGGACUUUCAAAUAGCCUCUUUAAGAAGCCCAAUAACUGACGUAUCCGAAUUUAUUUACUCGACUGCUUCAUCUGAAGAAUUUAAAAAUAUUAGGCAAAUUUUAAUGGAAUACUAUGCCGACUUAGCAAGGAAUAUAAGAGCUUUAGGAAGCGAUCCUGAUCAAGUAUUUUCUUUCAGCGACUUUAAGGAGCAAUGGCAUAAGUACAGCAUCCAUGGUAUUACUGUUGCAUUAUUGGCACCGGUAUAUUUGCAUUUAGAUGAUGAACCUUUGGAUGUAGCAAAUGAAGAAGCAAUGUUCGAUAUAUUACCUAAACAAAUAGCCAAGCCAGUUGUUCGCAAAAGAAUGACUGAUAUGGCUAAAUGUUUUGCUUCAUUUGAGUUUUAGAUACGGUUUUUUGAGUUUUAUGUAAAUAGAAUACCGUAGUGUAUACAUAAUUUAUUAUAGUAUCAUAUCCAUGCCUCAAAUUCAUAGAGCAAUGCGCAUUAUUGCAAGCUUGCUAUAGUUUAGCAUUUUUACACUACCUUGUCAAUACAUAUAAGACAAUUUCAUAUACAUAUGAAUUUAUUAUAUACAUAUGAAAUUGCCGUAUAAUUGUCAAGUGUUAUCUGAAAAAACUACGAGCUCAUGAAGGUCCAUUAUUUAACAAAGGAUAAAUUUACAUAUUUCCUAUAACUGCAAAGGGCAUAUAAGGCCCAAUUUGUCUUGUAGUGCAUUUUUUCAAUAAAAUAUUCUCGUAUUUUUAUAAA